AUGGAAAUAAUUAAUAAGGGAAAUAUUAUGCAAAUUAAUCAAAGAGCAAAACGGGGGAUAUCGGUAUUGAUGAAAAACAAAUUCAAAAGAAUGGUCACAAACUGGGAACCUAUCGAUGAAAAUCUGAUUAAAAUUAAUAUUGAUAUUCAUGGAUACAAAAUUACUAUUAUAGGAGUAUAUGGAAUAAGCGAAGAUGAACCAAUUUGUAAAAAGGAUGAUUUCUAUAAUAAUUUAAAUGGAAUCAUAGAGGAUAUCGGGAAAACCAGGGAGAUUAUUAUUGCAGGGGAUUUUAACAGUAGAACUGGAAGUAAAAUUGGAAAUAAAAUUAUAGGACCAUUUGGAGACAAUGUUAUAAAUGAUAAUGGUAAUAGACUUAUUGAUAUCUGUGGACAAAAUUCAUUGAAAAUAUUAAAUGGCUUUUAUCAACAUAAAGAAAUACAUAAAUACACAUGGCAUAAAGAUACAUUGAAUCAAAAAUCAAUAAUAGACUAUAUUAUAAUUAAACAGCAAACGAGGAUAAAAAUACAUGACAUAAGAGUAUAUAGAGGGGUAACUCUUAGCGAUCAUUAUUUGGUAAAUUCCAAAUUUUUAUUCCCCUUCAGAGGAAAAAGCACUGAAGAAAAUCGAAAUUGUCCUAUAGAAAAUAUACAAACAGAAAUCAAAAUGCCUAAAUAUAAUUUGAAUAGUUUUGAGAAUGAAAGCACAAUAUUUUUAUAUCAAAAGAGAUUAGAUGAAAAACUGGUAGAAACAGAGUUUGAUAAUACAGAAGAUCAAUAUCAUUAUAUUGUAAAUAAACUACAUGAAGCCGCCAAGGAAGCUUUAGGAGAAACAGAAGAAACACGUACAAACCAUCCAUUAUACUACUGGAAUGAAGAAAUUAAAAAGGAAGUGAAAUUAAAGAAAGAAAAAUAUUUAAAAUGGUUAAAUACCAGAAAUCUUCAAGAUAAAAUAGAGCUUAAUGCACAACAAGCGAAAAUCCGGAAAAAGGUUGCAGAAGCAAAAAACAAAGUUUGGGAACAGUCAUGUCAAAAAAUUGAAUCCUAUAUUGGUGGUAAAAGAAACACAGAAGCCUGGAAAACUAUAAAAAAUUUAAGAAGGAAUUCCAAAGAAACAACACAUAUUAAAUAUAUUACUCAUGACUCUUGGGAAAAAUAUUUUAAAAGUUUAUUAACAGAAAACAGGGAAGAAUACUUGGGAAACCCUGAAUAUAAUGAAAUAGUAGAUCUACAAGCAGAGAAUUACAUCCGUUUGGAAAUAGAGACAGUAAAAACUGCAAUAAAAUCUUUAAAGAAUGGAAGGGCUACAGGCAUUGGAGGUAUUCCUGCAGAAUUAUUAAAAUUAGGAACAAAGAAAUUAAUGGAAUUGUUAAGAAACCUUUUCGAAAGAUGUUUAAAUGGGGAAGAUGUCCCAAAUGAUUUGAAAGUAGGAUAUAUUUCAGUGAUACAUUAA